CGAUCGCUCAAUAUUCAUCCCUUGGCCGGACGAGAGCGCCCGAGAACAGCGGCUCCAGACGAGGGCUAGAAUCGACCCUUCCUUCCUUUGCGUCCUCGCCCGCGGAGCUGUUCGAUCGCGGCACUGUUCCACCGGAAGACGUACAGGACCGAGGAGUCAGCCGAGCCCGCAAAAGGAUUCCUUGUUCGUUUGUGGUGACACGCGGAUAACCGAGAUCGUUUCCUCGAGUCAUCUCUAGUUCGUCGGAAUGGAGGGCAAGAAAGUCGAGCAGUAUUACAGUCCACCGCCGAAGCUGGGCAAAUGGGAAGGUUUCAGGGUCUUUAUAUGGAACUCCGAGACUGGACAGUUCCUGGGGCGCACAGGCUCUAGUUGGGCCAAGAUCUUGUUAUUCUACGUUAUCUUCUACGCGGUGCUGGCUGGUUUCUUCGGGGCGAUGUUGACCGUUUUCUAUCAGACGCUAGACCCGAACGCACCGAAAUGGCAGUUGGACAAUUCGUUGAUCGGCACCAACCCCGGACUCGGUUUCAGGCCUAUGCCUCCUGCCAGCAACGUCGAGAGUACUUUGAUUUGGUACAAAGCCAGUGACGAGGGAAACUUUCUACAUUGGACCAAGGAGCUGGACAAGUUCCUCGAAGAGUACCAAAAGCCUGCUACCGGAGUUGGUAAUGGCGCCCAGAUGAGAAUGAUGUGUGACUAUGGGAAACCGCCGACUCCCGGCAAAGUCUGUGACGUCGACAUGUCGACGUGGGGAUCGUGCACGAAGGAAAACAAAUACGGCUACAGUAAAUCCGCUCCUUGCAUUUUCCUGAAGCUGAACAAGAUUUUCGGUUGGAAACCACAGUUCUACAACGACACGAAGAACCUGCCGGCCCACAUGCCAGCGGAUCUUCAAGAACACAUCAAGCAGGAGGAGCACGCGCACAGAUUGGACACUGUGUGGGUGUCGUGUGCCGGUGAAAAUCCGGCCGAUGUCGAAAACAUGGGCGCGAUUCAAUACAUUCCACGUCGUGGCUUCCCGGGUUACUAUUUCCCUUUCACAAACACCCCUGGAUACCUCAGUCCCCUCGUAGCUGUCUUCUUCGAGAAGCCUAAAUACGGUGUGCUGAUCAACAUCGAGUGCAAAGCUUGGGCGCAUAACAUCGUGCACGACAGAUACGAGAGGCGCGGCUCGGUACACUUUGAGCUGAUGGUGGACUAAACGCGCGUCACUAUCGCACGCCACGAACAACUGCGUCCAAGGGGAAGAGACACAUAGGAAGAAAGAGAAAUUUCUUUUUUAAAUCAAUCUAAAACUCUCGCUGCCGGAUCGUGACCACUUCGUCUUUCCUCCGGUUUCCUCUACCUACGAUACCGCCCCGGCCGCGUACCGUCUCACCGCGUCGUCUUAACUUAGAGAUUCGUUGGGAGGAACGCGAACGUACUCAAUCGCAUUCACCGUCGUUCAUCUCUCGUCCAUUACGUUUUUUCACUGUCACGCUUCUUCUCACUGUCAUCGAAGCCACGUUUGUUCGAUACCAGAUCUCGUUUCACCGCGGCGUGCACACGAGCGAAAACACGGCUGUCGCACGCGAACGGCAAGAGGUAAGUUCACGCAUUCAAUCAUAUAGACCGACGAAACGGACCAGGGAAAAUUGGCUAUCAAGCUCUGUAUAUCUACUGUAUUUAUAACGCGAUGCAUACGCGCGUACGUAUGCAUUCAGGAUGCACAAAACGAGAAAUUAGCGGAUAAAAUUCUGCACAAAAGUAUAGCGGCGGUAUCACUCGUUCUCUACCCGGGGGCGAAGGGGAGUGGUCAUAACAUCGCGGGGGUAUCAACAACGCGUAAGAAGUUUCCCUUACUUAUUUCCCACACAGACACACAAACAGAGAGAGACACAUACACACACACCCCCGUUUUUCGCUUUUUAUCAUUCGCUGAUUUGUCUCGGUCUCGUUGAGGGCUACGAACGCGCGAUCGCAGUUCACGUUGUUUCAUUUUCGUUUCACCGCGCCGUCGUCGGUGUCCGCCUGAACGAGACUGCUAACGUGUAGGGUACACCGAUAAAUCGAUGCCCUUAGUGUCGUGCCACGUAGAAUUAAGCGAGGCAGUCGAUGAAAAUGAGAACCGAGAAAAAAAGAGAGCGUUAGAGUCUUCGCGCCCGUCGUCGGUGCACCCGGCACGGUGGAACUUUCGAUCUCGGAUUCUCACGCAGAGAAGCUCUCGGGCUGCUCCGAUCGAAAGUUUCCUCGUCUCGGACGUCGAUUCGUACACACGCGUGCACACAAGUACACGCAGGCACGUGCACGGAUGCACACGCAGGCCAGGCAGUAUGGAUUCAAGGAAUGAAACUCCGUUGAAGUCGGGACCGGGUCCUCGAAACAGCUGCGGACGUUUACCUGCGAGGAUCGUGCGGUGGAACUUUCGAUUGAAAAUCCCGCAGUGUCCUUCGUCUUUCCAUCGCGCGGUAUCGAUCAAUGAAAUUCGAUCAACGAAACGAGCAGGCAUCGCUGGAUUCGAAUUCGAAGUUCCGCCUGUACGGAGCGAGACACACGCUCUGUGUCGUUCACCGUGGAUGUAAUUAAUGGUGGUAAUCGAAUAUAAAAUAUGAACUAACAUAGAGGUAAAUUAAAAUAAUCGUCGUGUUGCAUCGUCGGGAGACGAGUUUUACUAGCCGUGUUCCUCGUUCCUCGAGAGAUGUUCUAUAUCGGAUCUAAAUUUUGUUGUUACCGCCAUUAAAACGACAUUGAUAUAUGUAUAUAAUUAAAAAUCGAUGAUAAAAAAAAGAGAAACCACACAGCAGAUGAGGCCAGGCGAUAAUAAAAUUUCGUUGGAUUUCGAUUUGUCAACAGACAGCGAGCGGUCUGCGCUGCGAAUCAGUUUAAUCAGCCUAGUGAUAACCGUACGACACCGUAUGGAAUACGUAUUUAUGAUUAUAUUGUACCGCAUAAUGAUAUCUAGAGCUAGUCCACGCAAUCGUAUAGUCGAUAGGUUGUAUCAUACAGUCUGGAGAUCAGAAUAAAUCUUGUUUCAUUUCGUAGUACUUAAUAACUCAUUUGCAAUUUGUAACUCUUUGCAUUUCGAACGGACUCAUCUUCACGUCACGAUUGUUUCUGUAACGACGAGGCUGCGGAUUUUAUGUAUCCAUAGAGAGACACAAUAAAACGUCAAAAGUGAAUGCAUGUUCCGAUGCUUGACGCGAGCUGACUCGACGCGUAGACGUGUUUUGUUUUGCAUAAAAAUCUGCGGUCUAGCAGCGACGUUUAGCUCCUCCUUCCUACGCACUAGCGAAGCUAUCUUAGAUUUUAUAAGCGAGCUGAUGUACGUGUAUGAAUUAUUUAUCACCGUUUCGUUAACGGCGGCCAGUUAACGGCGUGCGUGUACUCGCGGGAGAAUGGCGAGGAAGAGAACGGUCGGUUUCUGAUCUCCGGUCUUUGUGGCUCCAAGGAAAGGAAGCUGGUCGUCCUGAGAGCUUCUUCGAUUUUUCUGAAAAGAAUAGCGUUUGCGCGGUGGUCGUCGCCCCUCGCCAUCAGGGAUGUCUUAACCAACCGACACGGGUCUAGGAUGCUUGCUCACCUCGUGAAUUAAAUCUUAAUAGCGAGAGUAUCGCCUCUGAUAAUUGUUUGGAAACGCUUAUAUGUACUACAUUCACUACCAAACUCAUACUGCCAAAUAUAAUCUGUUACCUGUUACGUAAAAACCCGUUCGCAUUCAGUUGCAUUUCACAUUGUUUUACCUGUAUAUUAAAUACUGUAUGAAACGAUUAAAAUGUAGAUAACAGAU